AUGCGGCGCGAAACGCCGUGCUCCAACAACAAGGCCGCAGUCAGUCCAGUGCUGACUUUUAAGUUGUCAGCAGAGUCCGACUUCUCGGAGCGUUAUGCUAGUGCGACCAUGCUGGCCGCUUCUGUACCUGUACCAGAGAAUGUACUGCAUCCUGCUUCUGUACCUGUACCAGAGAAUGUACUGCAGCCUGCUUCUGUACCUGUACCAGAGAAUGUACUGCAUCCUGCUUCUGUACCUGUACCAGAGAAUGUACUGCAUCCUGCUUCUGUACCUGUACCAGAGAAUGUACUGCAUCCUGCUUCUGUACCUGUACCAGAGAAUGUACUGCAGCCUGCUUCUCUACCUGUACCAGAGAAUGUACUGCAGCCUGCUUCUGUACCUCCUGUACUGCAGCCUGCUUCUGUAUCUGUACCAGAGAUUGUGCUGCAGCCUGCACCUGUACCUGUACCUGUACCAGAGAAUGUACUGCAGCCUGCACCUGUACCUGUACCAGAGAAUGUAAUGCAUCCUGCAUCUGUACCUGUACUUAGCCUGUACUGCAGCCUGCUUCUGUAUCUGUACCAGAUAUUGUGCUGCAGCCUGCACCUGUACCUGUACCAGAGAGUUACUGCAGCCUGCUUCUUCACCUGUACAGCUUGCACCUGUGCCAAAGAAUAUACUGCACCCUGCACCUCCUGCACCUGUACCUGUACCAGAGAGUUACUGCAGCCUGCUUCUGUACCUGUACCAGAGAAUGUACUGCAGCCUGCACCUGUACCAGAGAACGUACUGCAGCCUGCAUUUGUACCUGUACCAGAGAAUGUACUGCAUCCUGCUUCUGUACCUGUACCAGAGAAUGUACUGCAUCCUGCUUCUGUACCUGUACCAGAGAAUAUACUGCACCCUGCACCUGUACCAGAGAAUCAUGUACAACAGCCUGCUUCUGUACCUGUACCAGAGAUUGUACUGCAGACUACACCUGUACCAGAGAGUGUACUGCAGCCUUCACCUGUACCUGUACCAGAGAAUGUACUGCAGCCUGCACCUGUACCUGUACCCGAGAAUGUACUGCAGACUGCACCUGUACCUGUACCAGAGAAUGUACUGCAUCCUGCACCUGUACCAGAGAAUGCUGCUUCUGUACUUGUACCAGAGAAUGUACUGCAGACUGCUUCUCUACCUGUACCAGAGAAUGUACUGCAGCCUGCACCUGAACCAGAGAAUUUACUGCAGCCUGCAUUUGUACCUGUACCAGAGAAUGUACUGCAGCCUGCACCUCAUGUACAACAGCCUGCUUCUGUACCUGUACCAGAGAUUAUACUGCAGACUACACCUGUACCAGAGAGUGUACUGCAGCCUUCAUCUGUACCUGUACCAGAGAAUGUACUGCAGCCUGCACCUGUACCUGUACCAGAGAAUGUACUGCAGACUGUACCUGUACCUGUACCAGAGAAUGUACUGCAGCCUGCACCUGUACCAGAGAAUAAUGUACUGCAGCCCACAUCUGUACCUGUUCCAGAGAAUGUACUGCAGCCUGCACAUGUACCUGUACCAGAGAAUGUACUGCAGCAUGCACCUGUACCAGACAAUGUACGGCAUCCUGCAUCUGUACCUGUACUUAUUCUAUACUGCAGCCUGCUUCUGUACCUGUACCAGAGAAUGUACGGCUGCAUGCACCUGUACCAGAAAAUUUACUGCAUCCUGCAUCUGUACCUGUACUUAUUCUAUACUGCAGCCAGCUUCUGUACCUGUACCAGAGAAUGUACAGCAGCAUGCACCUGUACCAAAAAAUGUACUGCAUCCUGCAUCUGUACCUGUACUUAUUCUAUACUGCAGCCUGCUUCUGUACCUGUACUAGAUAAUGUACUGCAGCCUGCUUCUGUACCUGUACCAGAGAAUGAACUGCAGCCUGCACCUGUACCAGAUAAUGUACUGCAGCCUGCUUCUGUACCUGUACCAGAGAAUGUACUGCAGCCUGCUUCUUUACCUGUACCAGAGAAUGUACUGCAGCCUGCACCUGUACCAGAGAAUGUACUACAGCCUGCUUCUGUACCUGUACCAGAGAAUGUACUGCAGCCUGCACCUGUACCAGAGAAUGUACUGCAGCCUGCUUAUGUAACUGUACCAGAGAAUGUACUGCAUCCAGCAUCUGUACCUGUAAUUAGCCUGUACAGCAGGCUGUUUCUCUACCUAUACCAGAUAAUGUACUGCAGCCUACUUCUGUACCUGUACCAGAGAAUGUACUGCAGCCUGCCCCUGUACCAGAGAAUGUACUGCAGCCUACUUCUGUACCUGUACCAGAGAAUGUACUGUAUCCUGCAUCGGUACCUGUAA